CACAAUGCUAUGAGAGCUGCAAAGAAAUUUCGCUUAGCAAGAAAAACAUCCUUCAACAACAAUGCACUAUCGAUGACAGCCCUCUCGACGUUACUGUGUAAGUUCCCUGCCUUGCGGAAACAACUGAAGAUGAUAAGAAUUACUCACAUCGGAAGAACACAUUUGGCAAGAAAUUUGGAUUACUGUUUCACUUGCAGUGAGGGAGCCUUCCUUUAGGUCAGGGAGUUGACGUAGGGACAAAAGCGGUAUAGCUGAAAAAGAUGGAGGAACACCGGAUUCAUAUAUCAAUACAAAUGAUGGGUCUCAUGCUAUUUGCUCUCCCACAUUACUCUGACACCUUAAAUCUAAACCUGGUUAACUUCACGGAGUUCUCUGGCCCUGAGGGAAGCUUCUUUGGCUUCUCUGCAGAUUUCUAUCAGUUUAGCAACAACACGUGAGUAUUGCAAUGUACUAUUUGGUAAGUUUAGGCUUUUCUUCUUUCAGUAGGGUUUGCACAGUUUUUAUGGUAUCUGUAAAACUACACAAAUUAGUGGAUUUGGCUAUUUCAGCCACACCCGUUGCUGACAGGUGUAUAAAAUCGAGCACACAGCCUUGCAGUCUCCAUAGAGAAACAUUGGCAGUAGAAUGGCCUAACUGAAAAGCUCAGUGACUUUAAAAGUGGCACUGUCAUAGGAUGCCACCUAUCCAACAAGUCAGUUUGUCAAACUUCUGCCCUCCUAGAGCUGCCCCGGUCAACUGUAAGAACAGUUAUUGUGAAGUGGAAACAUCUAGGAGCAACAACGUCUCAGCCGCAAAGUGCUAGACUACACAAGCUCACAGAACGGAACCAGCACGUAAAAAUUGUCUGUCUGCAGUUGCAACACUCACUUCCGAGUUCCAAACUGCCUCUAGAAGCAAUGUCAGAACAAGAACUGUUCGUCGGGAGCUUCAUCAAAUGGGUUUCCACGGCCGACCAGCCGCACACAAGCCUAAGAUCACAAUGAGGAAUGCCAAGCAUCUGCUGGAGUGGUGUAAAGCUCGCUGCCAUUGGACUCUGGAGCAGUGGAAACGCGUUCUCUGGAGUGAUGAAUCACGCUUCACCAUCUGGCAGUCCGACAGACUAAUCUGGGUUUGGCGGAUGCCAGUAGAAUACUACCUGCCCCAAUGCAUUGUGCCAACUGUAAAGUUUGGUGGAUGAGGAAUAAUGGUCUGGGGCUGUUUUUCAUGGUUUGGGUUAGGCCCCUUAGUUCCAGUGAAGGGAAAUCUUCAUGCUACAGCAUACAAUGACAUUCUAGAUGAUUCUGUGCUUCCAACUUUGUGGCAACAGUUUGGGGAAGGCCCUUUCCUGUUUCAGCAUGACAAUGCCCCCCUUGCACUAAGCGAAGUCCAUACAGAAAUGGUUUGUCAAGAUCGGUGUUGAAGAACUUGACUGGCCUGCACAAAGACCUGACCUCAAUCCCAUAGAACACCUUUGGGAUGAAUUGGAACGCCGACUGCGAGCAUGCCUAAUCACCCAACAACAGUGCCCAACCUCACUAACGUUCUUGUGGAUGAAUGGAAGCAAGUCCCCGCAGCAGUGUUCCAACAUCUAGUGGAAAGCUUUCCCAGAAGAGUGGAGGCUGUUAUAGCAGCAAAGGGGGGACCAACUCCAUAUUAACCUCUUAAGGAUCGGACCCUAUACAUUACUUUCACUCAUCUAGAUGGCCGGGCGGGGUGGGUGUGGAGCCAGAGACAGCAGGGGUUCAAAAUGUAGAACUCAGUUCCUACAUUUGAAUAUAAAAAUUGAUUUAAUCAAACAAAACUGUGCUACAUUUUAUCUCUGGGUCCCUUAGGAUGACAAAUCAGAGCAAGAUUACUGAAUCUAAGUACAUUAUUUACCUUCAGAGGUGAAUGUAUCAAACAGUUGCCAUGAUACGUUUUUUUGUUGUUGUGCACUCUCCUCAAACAAUAGAAUGGUAUUUUUUCACUAUAAUAGCUACUGUAAAUUGGACAGUGCAGUUAUAUUAACAAUAAUUUAAGCAUUCUGCCCAUAUAAGACAUGUCUAUGUCCUGGAAAGUUUGCUGUUACUUACAACAGUCAUGAUAAUCACAUUAGCGCACGUUAGCUCAACCGUCCUGUAUACGGGACACCAAUCCCGUAGAGGUUAAUGCCCAUGAUUUUGGAAUGAGAUUUUGAUGAGUAGCUGUCCACAUACUUUGGGUCAUGUAGUGUAUAUGCUUGGAUUACUCUUAUAUUAAAUUGGGCAAGGUACAGUUGAAGUCGGAUGUUUACAUACACCUUAGCCAAAUACAUUUAAACUCAGUUUUUCACAAUUGCUGACAUUUAAUCCUAGUAAAAAUUCACUGUCUUAGGUCAGUUAGGAUCAAUACUUUAUUUUACGAAUGUGAAAUGUCAGAAUAAUAGUAGAGAGAUUUAUUUAAGCUUUUAUUUCUUUCAUCACAUUCCCAGUGGGUCAGAAGUUUACAUACACUCAAUUAGUAUUUGGUAGCAUUGCCUUUAAAUUGUAUAACUUGGGUCAAAUGUUUCGGGAAGCCUUCCACAAGCUUCCCACAAUAAGUUGGGUGAAUUCAGGCCCGUUCCUCCUGACAGAGCUGGUGUAACUGAGUCAGGUUUGUAGGCCUCCUUGCUCGCACACGCUUUUUCAGUUCUGCCCACAAAUGUUCUAUUGGAUUGAGGUCAGGGCUUUGUGAUGGCCACUCCAAUACCUUGACUGUGUUGUCCUUAAGCCAUUUUGCCACAACUUUGGAAGUAUGCUUGGGGUCAUUGUCCAUUUGGAAGACCCAUUUGCGACCAAGCUUUAACAUCCUGACUGAUGUCUUGAGAUGUUGCUUCAAUAUAUCCACAUAAUUUUCCUUCCUCAUGAUGCCAUCUAUUUUGUGAAGUGCACCAGUCCCUCCUGCAGCAAAGCAUACCCACAGCAUGAUGCUGCCACCCCGGUGCUUCACGGUUGGGAUGGUGUUCUUCGGCUUGCAAGCGACCCCCUUUUUCCUCCAAACAUAACGAUGGUCAUUAUGGCCAAACAGUUAUAUUUUUGUUUCUUCAGACCAGAGGACAUUUCUCCCAAAAGUACGGUCUUUGUCCCCAUGUGCAGUUGCAAACCGUAGUCUGGCUUUUUUAUGGCGGUUUUGGAGCAGUGGCUUCUUCCUUGCUGAGCGGCCUAUCAGGUUAUGUUGAUACAGGACUCGUCUUACUGUGGAUAUACAGUGGGGAGAACAAGUAUUUGAUACACUGCCGAUUUUGCAGGGUUUCCUACUUACAAAGCAUGUAGAUGUCUGUACUUUUUAUCAUAUGUACACUUCAACAAAAAUCCAGAAAAUUCCAUUGUAUGAAUUUUAAGUAAUUAAUUUGCAUUUUAUUGCAUGACAUAAGUAUUUGAUCACCUACCAACCAGUAAGAAUUCCGGCUCUCACAGACCUGUUCGUUUUUCUUUAAGAAGCCCUCCUGUUCUCCACUCAUUACCUGUAUUAACUGCACCUGUUUGAACUCAUUACCUGUAUAAAAGACACCUGUCCACACACUCAAUCAAACAGACUCCAACCUCUCCACAAUGGCCAAGACCAGAGAGCUGUGUAAGGACAUCAGGGAUAAAAUUGUAGACCUGCACAAGGCUGGGAUGGGCUACAGGACAAUAGGCAAGCAGCUUGGUGAGAAGGCAACAACUCUUGGCGCAAUUAUUAGAAAAUGGAAGAAGUUCAAGAUGACGGUCAAUCACCCUCGGUCUGGGGCUCCAUGCAAGAUCUCACCUCGUGGGGAAUCAAUGAUCAUGAGGAAGGUGAGGGAUCAGCCCAGAACUACACGGCAGGACCUGGUCAAAGAGCUGAAGAGAGCUGGGACCACAGUCUCAAAGAAAACCAUUAGUAACACACUACGCCGUCAUGGAUUAAAAUCCUGCAGCGCACGCAAGGUCCCCCUGCUCAAGCCAGCGCAUGUCCAGGCCCGUCUGAAGUUUGCCAAUGACCAUCUGGAUGAUCCAGAGGAGGAAUGGGAGAAUGUCAUGUGGUCUGAUGAGACAAAAAUAUAGCUUUUUGGUCUAAACUCCACUCGCCGUGUUUGGAGGAAGAAGAAGGAUGAGUACAACCCCAAGAACACCAUCCCAACCGUGAAGCAUGGAGGUGGAAACAUCAUUCUUUGGGGAUGCUUUUCUGCAAAGCGGACAGGACGACUGCACCGUAUUGAGGGGAGGAUGGAUGGGGCCAUGUAUCGCAAGAUCUUGGCCAACAACCUCCUUCCCUCAGUAAGAGCAUUGAAGAUGGGUCGUGGCUGGGUCUUCCAGCAUGACAACGACCCGAAACACACAGCCAGGGCAACUAAGGAGUGGCUCUGUAAGAAGCAUCUCAAGGUCCUGGAGUGGCCUAGCCAGUCUCCAGACCUGAACCCAAUAGAAAAUCUUUGGAGGGAGCUGAAAGUCCGUAUUGCCCAGCAACAGCCCCGAAACCUGAAGGAUCUGGAGAAGGUCUGUAUGGAGGAGUGGGCCAAAAUCCCUGCUUCAGUGUGUGCAAACCUGGUCAAGACCUACAGGAAACGUAUGAUCUCUGUAAUUGCAAACAAAGGUUUCUGUACCAAAUAUUAAGUUCUGCUUUUCUGAUGUAUCAAAUACUUAUGUCAUGCAAUAAAAUGCAAAUUAAUUACUUAAAAAUCAUACAAUGUGAUUUUCUGGAUUUUUGUUUUAGAUUCCGUCUCUCGCAGUUGAAGUGUAUCUAUGAUAAAAAAUGACAGACCUCUACAUGCUUUGUAAGUAGGAAAACCUGCAAAAUCUGCAGUGUAUCAAAUACUUGUUCUCCCCACUGUAGAUACUUUUGUGCCUGUUUUCUCCAGCAUCUUCACAAGGUCCUUUGCUGUUGUUCUGGGAUUGAUUUGCACUUUCCGCACAAAAGUAUGUUAAUCUCUUGGAGACAGAACGCGUCUCCUUCCUAAGCGGUAUGACGGCUGCGUGGUCCCAUGGUGUUUAUACUUGCAAACUAUUGUUUGUACAGAUGAACGUGGUACCUCCAGGCGUUUGCAAAUUGCUCCCAAGGAUGAACCAGACUUGUGGAAGUCUACAAUGUUUUUCUGAGGUCUUGGCUGAUUUCUUUUGAUUUUCCCAUGAUGUCAAGCAAAGAGGCACUGAGUUUGAAGGUAGGCCUUGAAAUACAUCCACAGGUACACCUCCAAUUGACUCAAAUGAUGUCAAUUAGCCUAUCAGAAGCUUCUAAAGCCAUGACAUCAUUUUCUGGAAUUUUCCAAACUGUUUAAAGGCACAGUCACCUUAUUGUAUGUAAACUUCUGACCCACUGGAAUUGUGAUACAGUGAAUUAUAAGUGAAAUAAUCUGUCUGUAAACAAUUGUUGGAAAAAUUGCUUGUGUCAUGCACAAAGUAGAUGUCCUUACCGACUUGCCAAAACUAUAGUUUGUUAACAAGAAAUGUGUGGAGUGGUUGAAAAACAAGUUUUAAUGACUCCAACCUAAGUGUAUGUAAACUUCCGACUUCAACUGUAUGUGGAGUUUGAAUGGCUUUUCAUCACAUGCUUGUCUGAAAUCCCAGAGGUUAUUUUAACCCUAGUUUUUUCUGUCCCACAGCAUCAGUGUUGUGGUUGGGGCCCCCAGAGCCAACACCAGUCAGCCAGGAGUCACUGAGGCGGGGGCUGUGUAUCUCUGUCCCUGGGCACAGACAGGAGGGGCCUGUACUACCAUGACCUUUGACACAAAAGGUAAACCUUUACGUAUCAACAGUCCUAUUCAUGCAUUUCUCUAUUUUUUACUGAUGCUGUGAACAUAUUAGCAUACUGUAGAUUAGUAAGUACAGUACCAGUCAAAAGUUUGGACACACCUACUCAUUCAAGGGUUUUUCUUUAUUUGUACUAUUUUCUACAUUGUAUAAUAAUCGUGAAGACAUCAAAACUAUGAAAUAACACAUAUGGAAUCAUGUAGUAACCAAAAAAGUGUUAAACAAAUCAUAAUAUAUUUCAUAUUUGAGAUUCUUCAAAGUAGCCACCCUUUGCCUUGAUGACAGCUUUGUAGACUCUUGGCAUUCUCUCAAACAGCUUCACCUGGAAUUAUUUUCCAACAGUCUUUAAGUUGUUCCCACAUAUGCUGAGCACUUGUUGGCUGCUUUUCCUUCACGCUGCGGUCCAACUCAUCCCAAACCAUCUCAAUUGGGAUGAGGUCGGAUGAUUGUGGAGGCCAGGUCAUCUGAUGCAGCACUCCAUCACUCUCCUUCUUGGUCAAAUAGCCCUUGUACAGCCUGGAGGUGUGAUGGGUCAUCGUCCUGUUGAAAAACAAAUGAUAGUCCCACUAAGCGCAAACCAGAUGGGAUGGCUUAUCGCUGCAGAAUGCUGUGGUAGCCAUGCUGGCUAAGUGUGCGUUGAAUUCUAAAUAAAUCACCAGUGUCACCAGCAAAGCAACCCCACACCAUCACACCUCCUCCAUGCUUCACGGUGGGAACCACACAUGCAGAGAUCAUCCGUUCACCUACUCUGCAUCUCACAAAGACACGGCGGUUGGAACCAAAAAUCUCAAAUAUGGACUCAUCAGACAAAAGGACAGAUUUACACCGGUCUAAUCUCCAUUGCUCAUGUUUCUUGGCCCAAGCAAAUCUCUUCUUCUUAUUGGUGUCUUUUAGUAGUGCUUUCUUUGCAGCAAUUUGACCAUGAAGGCCUGAUUCACACAGUCUCCUCUGUACAGUUGAUGUUGAGAUGUGUCUGUUACUUUAACUCUGUGAAGCAUUUAUUUGGGCUGCAAUCUGAUGUGCAGUUAACUCUAAUUAACUUAAUCUCUUCAGCAGAGGUAACUCUGGGUCUUCCUUUCCUGUGGGGGUCCUCAUGAGAGCCAGUUUCAUCAUAGCGCUUGAUGGUUUUUGCGACUGCACUUGAAGAACUUAGAAAGUUCUUCAUUUUUUCCAGCUUGACUGACCUUCUUGUCAAAGUAAUGCUGGACUGUCAUUUCUCUUUGUUUAUUUGAGCUGUUCUUGCCAUAAUAUGGACUUGGUCUUUUACCAAAUAGGGCUAUCUUCUGUAUUCCACCCCUACCUAGUCACAACACAAGUGAUUGGCUCAAACGCAUUAAGAAUGAAAGAAAUUCCACAAAGUAAUUUUUAACCAUGCACACAUGUUAAUUGAAAUGCAUUCCAGGUGACUACCUCAUGAAGCUGGUUGAGAGAAAGCCAAGAGUGUGCAAAGCUGUCAUCAAGGCAAAGGGUGGCUACUUUGAAAAAUCUCAAAUAUAAAAUAUAUUUUGGUCACUUUUUUGGUUACUACAUGAUUCCAUAUGUGUUAUUUCAUAGUUUUGAUGUCUUCACUAUUAUUCUAAAAUGUAUAAAAUAGUACAAAAAGGUUGACAAACUGAGCUGUCUGAUGUAAAUACAGGUGAUGAGGUUUAUCCUCACCAGAACUUAGUGAUAAGGUCCUCAAAGUCCCACCAGUGGUUUGGAGCUACUGUGCGAUCCUCCGGAAACUACAUUGUGGUGAGUUUUUCCAGCCAUUGUGGCACAAUACUCUUCCCACUCUCUCUGACUCUUUGAAACCAGUCACUCAUUGUGCUGUGAGUCUGACGGCCGCUGUAUACAGUCACUGUGCAGUAUAGAAUGCAUCAGAUAUCGAUCCUCUAAAUCUUUUACACAACCCCUCUCCCUCCCUCGAUAUAUUUUCUUUCCUCUCCCACUGUCAUUCUCCCUCUAUCAUUAUGUUUCUCCCAACCACCAACCUACUCCCUCUUUCUACCAAUGUUAUGUUUGUCUGCCUCUGCUCCUUCUUAAUUUACAUUCUCCACAUCACUUUGUUUUACCCUUCUCUUGAUCUCUAUAUCACUUUCCUUCUCCCACUCUUUCUCUUUCUCCCUCUCCUCCCUUCUCUCUCUCUCCCUCCCUCCCCCUGCGCCAGGCCUGUGCCCCCCUGUUCCACUGGAACGUGAUAGACGUGGAUGAACGUGACGAGGCCCAGAACACUCCAGUGGGUAACUGCCUAGUGUUGAACACACUGACGGGGAAAACGGUUGACUUCUCCCCCUGCAAAGAAGUCAUGACGGAGAAGGUUUACAAAGCCCUGAAGUACAGUAAGAGAUAUUAGUCAUGCCAUUAGUACCUGUACAGUACAGUAAGAGGUUCCUCUGUUGUCCACUCAAAACUUAAAGGCUGCAUUUAUGCAUUCAGCCCACUUUUGAUCAGAAUUAACGCAGCCAAACAAGCAUCCAGUCAGAACUGUGGUGGUAAUUUAGUAUUUUUGUCACUGCUAUGCCUCAAAACUACUAGGGUAUUCCUUCUUAAAAUAGCAGUUGACUUCAUGUUCACAAGUUUGCCUGCUGGUCUUUCUUUCUACUCUGCGUGUUUUCAUCUUUAAUCCUAAUCUUGAUUUUCAGAUAAUGACAGACGAUACUGUGAAGUGGGAUUUAGCUCCGACAUAACAAAGGUGCCCACACUCCAAACUUUUUCUUUUUGAUUCAUAUAAUGUUAUACAUUGCACAGUAAUGUAGCAGAAUAGAUCAGUAAUGGUUAGAGCCACAUAGUUUAUGAUAUUGUAAGGUAGUAAUUACACCAACAGUGUUAUGAUACCAUCUAUAACAAUAAUUGGAUUUGUUUCUUGCUGUACUAUUCUAGGAUGGAAGGCUCCUUAUUGGUGCCCCUGGAGGCUACUACUUUCAAGGUAACAUGUGCCAUCUGGUGUUCAGAGUGUGUUAACAAAAUUAUUAGCCUGGUUAAACCAGAUUGAACACUACACUGAGGUAAAACAGUGGUGAGUGUAGCGUUCAGUCUGGUUUAACCAGGCUACAACAUGGUGGCUUCCAUAAUUGCAUUCAUCAACACUCCUAGGUAGAAUGUGUACAUUAAUAGCCCUGUUGUUAGGAUGUCUCCAGGAAGGUAAUGGUUGAUGAUGACUGAGCAUUAUGAAUUAACAUAUUACUAGUCUCGGGAAAAUUCCAGACCUAGAGCAACAGCAUGUCAGAACAUUGUUAAUGUGGGAGGCAACCCGUCUGCUUUAUUUUACUAAUAUCACUGUGGAAUAUUAUGAAAUAAAUAUGUAUAAACAUCACUUAAGUGUAUUCUCCAAAUGCUGGUUGCGGUGCUUAACCUUUCUGUUGCAGGUCAGAUCAUCAGUGCAGGACUGCUUGACAUUGUCAACAGUGCCAAGAGACAGAAUGCCAAACCUUAUGUGGCAGGACAAACCCAUUCCCCUGAGACUGGUGGAUACGAUCGUUACCAUGGUAAGAGGGUUACACUCAAGACUUGUGGUCUAAAGCAAUUGUUUUCAAGCCUCUUCUCAGAGACGCCCAGAUGUUUCACAAUUUUGUUGUAGCCCUGAACUAGCAAACCAAAUUCACCUAAUCAAGGGCUUGAUGAUUAGUUGACAAGUUGAAUCAGGUGUGCUACCCCGAGAAGAUGUUUGAGAACCACUGGCCUAAAAUAUUCAGUCCAAUGAUGUUCAGAGACAUUCUCAUUAGUUCAAUAAACCAGAAAGGUUGAUGCGUUACACUGGUUCGCCAACAGGGUAUUCUGUGGCCACUGGCGAGUUCACUGGAGACUCAAUACCAGGUGAGAAAGUUUCUGUCAAAAGGGUCCACACAACCAGAUAAUUACUAGCCUGGUCCCAGUUUGUACUAUCAUUCCAACUCAUUGUCAUGCCAAGCAUUUGUUCAUGUUUGGCAUGACAUGGAAUGGCAAGUGGUGGAAUGUUAGCACAUAGGCCCACAGACUUGUGCCCAGGCUAGAGAAUAACUUCCUACACUUUAUGUGCCUGGUAGUGAUAGUGACAGCUGUACAAACCUUCAAACAUUUGUCGGUAAGAUACAAAAGGUUGAAACAUUUCUCAAUAAUUAAUUAUUGUGUUUUAAAUCCAGUAUUUAUUUUCUGUUUCAGAUUAUGUGGCUGGGGUGCCUAAUGACCGCAACACAGCAGGAACAGUAAGGGCUCCCGAUGGCGUUAUGAUAAUUUACUUUUCAUUUAUUAGAGAGUGAUCUAAGCUAAUGUUUUGGUUUCUAUCCAGGUCAAAAUCUAUAAUGGAAAUUCAAUUGACUUUUUGGGAGUGAAACACACAUUCUUAGGCUCUCAGGUGAGACUAUACUUACAUAACUUACAUCAUACUUUAUUUUGAUUGACUUGUUUACAGGAUGAAGAAGUGAUCACUAUGUGACAUCAUGUCUAUACAGAUAGGCCUAUGUGUUGAUAUCUGAGUGAUGAGCGAUGUAGUCCACUCAAAACCACAUGCAUCUUUCAUCUUGCAGGUGGCCUCUUACUUUGGCCACAGCGUUGCAGUGACUGAUAUUAACAAUGAUGGGUAAGUAAGUCAGAACUCUCUUACUUGCUUUUUUUAGUCCUUGAUCAUUGAAGUAUUAAACAUGAAUUAACCACCUGACAGCAUCUAAGCCACUGGUCGCUAGUUUGCUGUCUUGAGGAACCAUGAAAAAGAGCUCAAAUGUCCAGCCGUUCUUGCUCUGUCUACUACAGACGAGAUGACAUCCUAAUCGGGGCGCCCCUCUUCAUGGAGCGUGUGUCAGGCCAGCAGUUACAGGAGGUGGGCCAGGUGAGUGAACACCUGAUGAGCCCUGGGUGGUCGAAAUGUUAUCAAAUAAAUCUAUCACAUGGGAGCAUAGUGUGCAGUCUCCAUUCACCUUUUAUUAACCAUUUUGUUUAUAACCAGCACCUGCUCCGAGACAAUGGAUGUGUGUAAUCCUUUCCCAGGUGAGUGUGUACCUGCAGAGAGAGCGCUCCACCUUCCACUCCAAGCCAGACCAGAAGCUGACAGGUUCCCAGGUGUACGGACGCUUUGGCAGCACCAUCGCCCCCCUCGGUGACCUGGACAAGGACGGUUUUAACGGUGAGGCUCUGAUAUACAGUAAUUUGACUUUUAGUACAUGUAUCUGCCCUUCUACUAUAGUAACUGCCUCAGGGGCAGCAGAAUCGGAAGUAUUUGCUUUUCUGGGUAACUUAACCAAGGAAUAUUAUUAAAUAUCCUCCACAAAACACUUUCAUCUCCUUUCAGAAACAAUCUUUGAUUUCAUGAUUCCCUCUUGAAAUGCUCAAUUUUCUAACGGUGGGGAAUGGUUUUGUCAUAGCAGUGUUUCGAUACACUCUGUCCAUGGAUUACUCAUCACUAUAAAGCGUUUCUCUCUCUCUUCCCUCUCCCUCUCUCUCUCAGAUGUUGCUGUGGGAGCCCCAUCCUCAGGCAUUGAAGGGAGGGUUUUCAUCUACAUGGGGACUAGCGAUGGACUGUCUCCCCAGUAUACCCAAGUCAUUGAGAGUCCCUUCCAGUCCCUAGGCUCUCCAGCACAGUUUGGCUUCACCCUGAGAGGGGCCAUUGACAUUGAUUCAAAUGGCUACCCAGGUUAGUCUGAAAACUAACUCUUCGGAAACUGUGGGCUUGCUUACCUUGAUUUAGAAAAGAUGUGUGUUUGAUUAUAUUUGGGUUAUACUUGUGUUUAGACUUUAAGCGAUUGAUUCUAGCCCAAAAACAAGAUUUGAGAAGUUAUGGAACAACAAACCUUAGUCCGCCAACAAUUCCCAACAAUCUCCUCAACAAUGUCCCUACCUCUCUUGUCAAGCCACAGUGACAAUCCUGCCAAGACCACUUGGAGAUGUCAAACUGUACGAUCACUUGGAGGUCACUCUGCUCCAUUACGACUCCACUAUCAGCCUCUGACGCAGUUCAACGACAGCGGCAGCAAAGAUUUCUGUUGUCCUUUUCGUUGUAGCUGACUACUACCCAAGGGCAUAUUUCCACUGCUUAACAACGUCCCCGUUCCUUUCAGUCCCAGUAAAAACGUCCUCUAAUGUUUGUCUCCCGGAGGCGAAGGCAAAGUUUCACGGACAAACAAGAGAGAAACAGAAAGGUCACUCAUCCAGUGGAGUGGCUGACAUUUGUCCGGGGAGAGCACUAAAUGGAGAUACAUUUGGUACCGUGGGGUCCCUUGGAGACUAGUGAGCUACUCUCAACACAGCAAUGCUUUUUGAUAUGCAACACCUCUGGCUUAUAAAGACACUCAUGGCACUCUUUGUCUCUUGUCUCCCCAGUGAGGUCGUCACAGUUCAACUCUUUGAGACAAACUGGUCACUGUGAAAACGAUUGCCUUUUUUUUCAGCUGACCUCUUUCCUUGAAAAUACUUUUGUUUCUUAGGAGUCGCCGUGAUAUGAAAGCAGAGGUCCUGGCUGUUAGCAAAGGGAAAUCAAUCCCAUGCACUAUUUUUGUGACCCUUUCAUGAGAAAGUGCUAUCGAUCAUGUAUAUAUAUUUUUUUAAGCUGUUUCAUGACCCUAUAUUUCUGAUGUUUCAAGACUAGAAAAAUAACAACUUGCAACUUGUUACUAUGAAUCUUUGUUGCCUCACAGAUCUAAUUGUUGGUGCUUGGGGAGUCAAUAAGAUUGCUGUGUACAGGUACAGUAGUGUGAGAUAAACAAACUGUUUAUAUGUUACUUUAAAUUAACUUGAGAAAUGUUAUCUAUUGCAGGAUUAACAUUUGCAUUCACAAUGUACCUACAUCGUCUAUUCAGUGGUAUGAAUGUCUAUGAUUCUACAAAUAUUAGUAUUCUACAAUGUCUAUUUUUUCUCUGUUUGUGUGGGGUUGAACCAGGGCUCAAGCCAUGGUGAUGGCCAAGACCCAACUCUCCCUCUACCCUGACUUCUUGAACCCAGAUGUGAAGGAGUGUGAGCACCCCACCACCAACGAGCCUGUGGCCUGGUAAAGAUUAUUCUCACACCAGAGUAUCAUACCACUAGUGUGGGCAUGUCACGUUCGUUGAAUGACGGGUCAGACCAAGGCGCAGCGUGAUAUACGUACAUGUUUAUUAAACCAAAUAAACACAACGACAAAACAACAAACUAAAUGAAACGUGAAGUCCAAGGUAGCACACACAACAUACCUUACACGAAACAAGAUCCCACAACUAGACAGUGCCAAUAGGCUGCCUAAGUAUGGUCCCCAAUCAGAGACAACGAGCGACAGCUACCUCUGAUUGGGAACCACAUCGGCCAACAUAGAUCUACACAUAAUAGAUCAAAACAUAGAAUAAACACCACAUAGAAUAUACACACCCUGACUCAACAUAUAAGAGUCCCCUGAGUCAGGGCGUGACAGUACCCCCCCCCCCCCCCCCCCCAAAGGUGCGGAUUCCGACCGCGCAACCUUCACUUAACAGAGUAGGGGCCGGGUGGGCAUUCCGACUCGGAGGCCGAUCCGGCUCCGGGCGUGACGACCUCAUACUCUCCCUGUUGCGCCCCUGGUCUGGUCUGGACCACGGCGCGCUGCUUCCCCUCUCCUUCCUCCCACGAUACGCCAGGCCCUGUCUGGACCCUGGUUUGGGAGACCCCGAACCUGGAGAGGGGCUGACGUCAUGGUCUGGACUGGAGCCGCUGACCGGAGCUGGACUGGGCACUGGUAGAGCGGACUACUCUGGCUCCGGAGUGGAGCCGCUGACCGGAGCUGGAUCAGGCACCGGUGGAGCGGACUGCUCUGGCUCCGGAGUGGAGCCGCUAACCGGAGCAGGAUCAGGCACCGGUGGAGCGGACUUCUCUGGUUCCGGAGUGGAACAGCUGACCGGAACUGGAUCAGGCACCGGUGGAGAGGACUGCUCUGGUUCCGGUGUGGAGCAGCGGUGGAACGGGCACGGGCCGUGCCGGACUGGACAAACGCACAACUGGUCUGGUGCGAAGAGCAGGCACGGGCCGGACCGGACUCGGAACACGCACCACUGGCUUGGUGCGAGGGGCAGGAAUGGGCCGGACUGGUGACGCGCAACACUGGCUUGGUGCGAGGAGCAGGAACAGGCCGGGCCGGACUGGCGACGCGCACCACUGACUUGGUGCGAGGAGCAGGAACAGGCCGGGCCGGACUGGCGACGCGCACCACUGGCUUGGUGCGAGGAGCAGGAACAGGCCGGGCCGGACUGGCAACGCACACCACUGGCUUGGUGCGAGGAGCAGGAACAGGCCGGACUGGCGACGCGCACCACUGGCUUGGUGCGAGGAGCAGGAACAGGCCGGACUGGCGACGCGCACCACUGGCUUGGUGCGAGGAGCAGGAACAGGCCGGGCCGGACUGGCGACGCGCACCACUGGCUUGAUGCGAGGAGCAGGAACGGGCCGGGCCGGACUGGCGACGCGCACCACUGGCUUGGUGCGAGGAGCAGGAACGGGCCGGACUGGCGACAUGCACCACUGGCUUUGUGCGAGGAGCAGUAACAGGCCGGGCCGGGCUGGCGAAGCGCACCACUGGCUUGGUGCGAGGAGCAGGAACGGGCUGGACCGAACUGUGAAGGCGGUCUGGAGGUCUGGAGCAGAGAGCUGGCACAACCCGUCCUGGCUGGCUGCCCACUUUCGCACGGCACGUGCGUGGUGCAAGCACAGGAUGUACAGGACUGUGCCGGCGCACUGGCGACACAGUACGUAGCUCCGCAUAAUACGGAGCUUGCCCAGUCAUACGCUUCCUUGCGUGAGUACGGGGAGUUGGCUCUGCUCUGACACUAGGCUCCGCCAACCACCCUGUGUGCCCCCCAAAAUGGUUUUAUUGGGGCUGCUUCUCGGGCUUCCUCCUUGACCGGCCUCCUCCGUGUUGCCGUUGCUCCUCUCCUUCCUGGGCAUCUACCUUAGCCCAUGGUCCUUUCCCCGCAAAUAUCUCCUCCCAUGACCACAAAUUGGCCACCUGUGACAUGGCCAUCCGCUCCGCCUGGGCACGCUGCUUGGUCCUCGUUUGGUGGGAUCUUCUGUCACGUUCGUUGAAUAACGGGUCAGACCAAGGCGCAGCGUGAUAUACGUACAUGUUUAUUAAACCAAAUAAACACAACGACAAAACAACAAACUAAACGGAACGUGAAGUCCAAGGUGGCACACACAACAUACCUUACACGGAACAAGAUCCCACAACUAGACAGUGCCAAUAGGCUGCCUAAGUAUGGUCCCCAAUCAGAGACAACGAGCGACAGCUGCCUCUGAUUGGGAACCACACCGGCCAACAUAGAUCCACACAUACUAGAUCGACAACAUAGAAUACACAACAAAGAAUAUACACACCCUGACUCAACAUAUACGAGUCCCCUGAGUCAGGGCGUGACAGGGCAUUAACCAUAGCUGCGGGAAGUAGUUUGGGAGUGGGGGUGUUGCGUUGAUUCUUAUUAUUUUAUUAUUGUAUUUUUAUAGGGGUGGGGGGUGCUGAAAAAAUAUUUGUGCCUGCACUACAUACUCUAUAUUGGUCCGCUAAUACAACACUAUUAAAGGUCCAGUUUCUAUACUUUUGUGAACAAAUAUUUAAAUGUUGUAUUAAUAUUCUUUUUGAUUCCGAUUUUUUAGGGGGUGCUGCAGCACCCUCAGCACCCCUACUUCCCGUGGCUAUGGCAUUAACCCAACUCACCUCUGCUGCAGGAAUGUUUGUGUAUUUUUGGCCAACUGGGAAGAACAUUUCUGAUGGACAAAUGUUCGUGGGCACAGCAAGCAUGCACAUGUUGGCACUAUGUAGAAUUCCUGUAGUAUCCUAAGUGCCGAACACAUUAUUGAGAUGUGUGACAUGCCUGGACAGUUCCUGGUUGUGUUAGACUGAUCUUUCCCAUGAUGGUGUGUGAAUUUGUUAUUGUAAAUUCAGAAUGACAUUAUGACUGUCUCUAUCCUUACAGCUUCACAGUCAUGAUGUGCAUUAGUGUGUCUGGCCACAGCAUUCCAGAGGAGAUAGGUAGGAGACGCAUACUGAAGUAAUUGAUUCCUGUGGAAACAUACAUAUUCUCUUUGAGUUUGAGUUUUCUGUUUGUUCAAGAUACUGUAAAUCCACUCUUGUAGUUCUAGAUGCAGAGCUUCAACUGGACAAGAUGAAACAGCCAAUGGCCAGGAGGACCCUGUUGCUGCAGACCAAUCUGCCCCAAGAGUAUUUCCAGCUAACCAUUCAGAGAGAUGUGGGAGUGGUCUGCAGGAACCAAACUGCUUACCUAAGGGUGGGUUGCUUUUGCCAAUUUAGCCAAUUUAUAGGCCUGUAUUUUGUAUAUAGAGUAUUACAAUGGUCAGUGCUCAAAACCUGAAUGUUGCAGCAGUGUUCUUACCAGUCUGAUGCCUCCAAGUGGCCAUUCACUGAAGUGACACUACAACAGGCUCCAAUACAAUUAGUAACCUCACAAAAAUUGUGUGAACACUGCCAUUGUCAGUGGCAACAGACAAACCUGAAAGGGGAGUAUAUUGAUAUUGUCUUAACACAACAUGAUCCACUAAACUGCAGUAGAUAUUUACUGAAUUUAAAUUUAAUUGAGGGUAAAUUGCAUCAAUGUCAGUACUGCAUCCUGUCUCUCUUUCCAGCAUGAGUCAGAGUUCAAGGACAAGCUGAGCCCCAUCUUCAUCUCCCUGAACUACAGCCUGUCCAACUCCAUCUCCCAGGAGGCCAUGCUGCAUGGCCAGAGAGCUGUGGUCACACAGGUGACAUCACACAUUAUAUUCUAAAUGUAUAAAUACAUUUUAGUUUGCAAAGGAAUAACAUUGUAUAAGUGGUGAUUACACAGUUGUAACCUAUGAAUUAGCCUACGUGUUUGUUUCUUUGGGUGUAAAAAUGUGUCUCUGUGUGUUGUGCAGACCAGGAUCAUUCUGGACUGCGGAGAGGACAACAUCUGUGUCCCUGACCUGAGGCUGACUGCUGAAGCGUGAGUGUCAAACUCCCCUGAGGUCCACAUCACUCAGUAGUAUAAUCUGUUUUCUUAGUCAUUCUACAUUUUCAAGACUUUAACCAAGUGAGAUCUCAUGGGAUCAGUGUGCGGGAAAAUAGGGUUACGUUAUUUGUACUACGAACCAUGCAGGUAACGGAAUAUCAGGGAAAUGAUUGUCUAGUUAGAGUGUUUUAUUCCUGUCUACUAUACAACCCUUUACACCUCUGCCUUUGACCCAUCCUCAGAGGUACCGACCGUCUUCUGAUAGGGGAUGACCACCCUGCCCUGUUGGUCAUCACAGCGGAGAACAGAGGAGAGGGGGCCUACGAGACCGAGCUGGAGAUACGUCCACCAACCAACACACACUACCAGAGUAUGGUGACUGACAGAGAGGUGACUGUCAUUCUCCUGUUCAUAAUAAAAGGGAAUUGUUAACAGAGUGAUAUCAACUGUCCCACGCACGUGACCUGCAGGAAAAACUCUGAGCCCAGAGUUUUGCUGGUCAGGUUACGUGGUCAGCAUAACCUACUGGCUCUACGUAAAACACACUGUCUGCAUCUGAAAUGGCACCCUAUUCCCUAUAUAGUGCACUACUUUUGACAAGAGCCUCAUGGACCCUGGUCAAAAAUAGUGCACUAAAUAGUGAAUAGGCUGUCUGAGUUUGCCAUCUCUCCCAGGGCUUCAGCAGGUUGAUCUGUGCUCAGAAGAAGGAGAACCAGACAGUGGUAGUGGUCUGUGAGCUGGGGAACCCUAUGAAGCAGGGCCAGAAGGUAACCACCAUGUAAUUAUAGUAAAAGUAAAUACCCUUGAACGUGCCUUGCAUCUCCUGUUUCUGUAGCAUGAGGCAGCUUGAUGGACAGGACACUAAUCUUAACCCCAAUCUCCUUAAUGCUGUCUGAGUGCCAAGCAGAGACUCAUCGGGUCCCAUUUUUACAGUCUGUAGUUUAACUUGGCCGGGGAUCGAACUCCCAACCUUCCAAACUCUGGCCGGACACACUGAGUUUGCAUAGAAUUACAUCUAAAAUAGUAGUAAUUCAAUAGGAUUUCUAUGGUAACCACUAACCAUAGCUAGUGCUAAGGGAGAGGUGUGAAUGUUUUACCGAGACAUGUCACUGUGUGCUCUGGUUUCCUGUGAAUGUGUGAAAGCAUCAAGGAGGUUUCUGGUCGUUCUGGGUCUUCGCUAUCAACGGACGUGGAUGACAUGUGACUGUGUGUUUGCAAUAGCUCUGUUUUCCUGUCAGUCUGAAUGAUACAGUACAGUAUGUUCUUCCCUCUGUCUGUCGUAGCUCCAGGCCGGUCUGUUCUUCAGCGUGGGGAACCUGGAGGAGGUGGAGAGCCAAGUGUCAUUCACAUUACAGAUCAAAAGGCUAGAACAACACUUUCGUCCCGUCUUGUGAUUUUAAUGCCAUCGAUGCCCCCAAGCCAUUGUUUUUAAUGGGAGAAUUCAAGAUCACUAAAGCUAAUAUUUAGUGUAGAUUGAUCAACACAAUGUAAGGCAUAUUUAGAGUCUCUGAGAUACACAUGGUUUACAAACUGGUUAAUCCAGUCGUCUGUAUUUUAGACGUUCAAGGUGUUAGCUGAAGGUUCAUGGCUUUUCUAAUGAGACAAGGGAAAUGUUCAACACUCAUUCAGCUUCUCCCUUCCUUUAAAUAUAUCUAGCAAGAACAGCCAGAACCCGGACAGUAACGUGGCCCAUCUGAGGAUUGAUGUCAGCGCUGUGGCAGCUCUGGAGAUUCGGGGGUGGGUGGGCCUUCCUUCAUUCUCCUCCAAUUCUCCUCCAAUUAUCAUCAGAGCCAUAAACUGUGCUGUUUUGUGCUACCAUGGAAACGAGCACUCCUCCUGUGACCUUAGACACACUUUCUGUGUGACAAUUCAGAGCUGCCUUGGCAGACUAGCAGCAGACUGAAUAUCUAGUAUCCAAAAGGGAUUAGUGAUGUUUGCCAUUGGAAGAUGUUGUCCUAAUGCGAGCGUAUUACAGUGCAGUAACAGCAUGGUUUCCUCUUGUCCUUGUAGUUGUUGGUUUUCCCAGGACACGUAGUUACUAAUUAUCACCAGGGCUAUUUAACUAUAAGACCAAGAGGUGCAAAUUAAGCAUCCUGUAGCAGUCUGAUCCCUAUAUCCCACUGAGAUCAGUUAGAAAGUAGGCAAUACAUUGGAUCCCGGAUCGACUGUCUGUGCUGCCAUGCAUGACAACAACCAUAUAAGCAUUGGCAAGACAGCAAAAACGGAUCUGGGACCAGGCUAGUGUUAUCAGUGUUGUCCUCAGCGUUUGGUCCACCCUUGUAGCCUGUUGUUUUUUUGGACAGGGGCUCCUCUCCACCUGAGUGUGUCCUGCCCAUUGCCAAGUGGGAAGAGAAGGAGCAGCCUGCUGACCUGGAGGAGGUUGGCCCACUAGUGGAACACGUCUAUGAGGUAACUCUAUUAUGGUUCACUCAGUGAUUCACUCAGAAAAGAAACAAAGCAUUUAAGACAUUUGUCUCUCUGAGGUUGGUGCAGUUUUAGGCCAAAAUGCGUAACAUCUAUUUGAAGAGUCCAUAAGGCCCUUAUAGAGUAUGUUUUGUAUACGUUAUGUCAUAUUUAUACAAAGACAAUGAGAUCCAACUUAGUGAGUGAAAUCUGAAAGCAUGUGUUUUUGUGUUGAAACUAUCAGUUGAGGAACCUGGGUCCGAGCACGGUCAACGCCAGGGUGGAGGUAGAGUUCCCCACCCGUCACCAUGGAGACUUCCUGCUCUAUGUGUUCGCCAACGCCUCUGAGGAUUUCCUCACCUGCCACACUGACUCCCCUGACAUCGACCCAUACCAGGUGAGAGAGGUAGCCAUGUUGUGGCCCUGCAGUGUGCCAAACAGCAAAUAUUUCUAUAGCGGGAAAAAUAUGUUUUUAUUAAAUCACUAUUUUAUUUUAUAUUUGCCUUAAAUAGAAGCAAAACCAUAUGUUCUAUUCAUUCUUUUGAUGAUGUUUUGGUCAUAUGAAAUUGGAGUACACUCUUCUGUUUUCGCAGUUGGUGAAGACCGGGAAUGCUACUGUUGGUACAGUGUACAAGGUCAAACAGAAUGAGGUGGCACGGCCGGAGACUCAGCGCAAAGAGACCGUUCACGUGGUAAACAAGUGUCGCCUCAUGCGAUUAACAUAAUGACAUGCAUCAGUGUACUUAUGACAGCAAUACAAUCAAACUGUCUUGUCUUUACUUGAUGCUGUACAGUAGGCUAGUACCACUUUGCUGCAAUUUCAGAGACAACUUCCAAUAUUCUGUAUAUGCCACAAGAGGGGGAUGUACAACAAAAUAUUGCAUCUCUCAGGUGGAUGGGGACAUUCCAUUGAUGUGUCAUGGGGGAAACAAGUUGACUCAGUUUGGUGUGGUCCUCUCUCGAUUUCUCCACAGAACUGCACCAGUGGAGAUACCUGUCUGAGGUUUGUGUGUGAGGCCACAGGUCUGGAGAGAGGCUGGAGCGCUGUGGUGAAGGUGAUGUCCCGACUCUGGGUACAGACUUUCCUGGAGGUGAGAGGGAGGGAGGGAGGGACUAACUAACUCAGGGGCCUAUAGCAUAUCACAGUGACAUUGUUUCCACACAAUUUUUCACUAUAGCUACAUUCAUAGGUGCAAAGUAAAAGCUCUCCAAGACAGCUCUGCAUCAAAUUGAGAUAGCAUUUUGUAUGAUCUUACUUCUUUGACAUCAUUCCGUAAUGAUUAUGAAACCCUCAUUCUGUUUCCCCUAGAGGCCCUAUGAGAAUUAUGUUCUCCACUCUACAGCACGCUAUGAGGUUAUAGAUAUGCCCUCUAAGAUCCAGCCGAAAGAACUGCCAAGUGGACAGGCUGAGGUACAAAACUUUUAUUGGUGUGUAGACAACAUUUAUUUACUAAGUAAGUAAAUUACUUACUUGAGGCAUAUACACAACCAUUUCUUCAGUACUCAUUGGAAAAAUGAAAUUGGAGCCAGUUGACCAUCUGUGUAUGUGUGUGUAGACCCAGACCAGUGUGGUGUGGAGAGCUCCUGAUGGAGAGAAGGAGGUGCCGGUGUGGUGGAUCAUUGUGGCCGUGGUCUCUGGCCUCUUCCUCCUCGCUCUGCUAGCUCUGAUCUUCUGGAAGGUAAUGUACUGAAAUAGUUUAAACAGCAGGUGGCGCAGGAUUGGGCCCCAAAACUGGGAAGCGUUUCAAAGGUGCUUUCAUUUUACAUUUUAGUCAUUUAGCAGACACUCUUAUCCAUAGCAACUUACAGUUAGUGAGUGCAUACAUUUUUCAUACUGGCCCCCCUGGCCCCCCGUGGGAAUCGAUCCCACAACCCUGGCGUUGCAAGCGCCAUGCUCUACCAACUGAGCUACAGGAGGCUUUCUCAGCUAUCAUCUAAGUAUUGAUCAGUCAGUCUUUUUAAAUUAUAUGUUUUUCUCAAACCUGUAACUAUUGUUUUAAAUGGAGAAAAUGUAGAGGGGGCAUAAAGGAGAAUGUCCUUAAUGACAUAGAAAUGAAACCGGAAUCAGGAAACAAUAUGUGGAAAUGUAAAUGUUUCGUGUCUAUGCUUCAGGUGGGGUUCUUUAAUCGCAACCGUCCCCCGUGUGAUGAGGAUGAUGACAAUGCAGAACAGCUAGCUGGGGCUGGACAGUCUGAAUACGCUGAGAUGUCCCCAAACACAGAGGACAAGCAAGCAUAAACAACUAUCACCCUGGAAAUCCUGGUGUUUUAUGUAUUUAUUUGGUUUGACACAGACGCCCACACUUUUUCUGAGUGUUAAACUGUUUCACAUGGUUUGUAAAAGUUGCUAUGGGCUUCUUGUUUUACUCCCUAUAACUGCACAUUUACUAAAGAUGCACCCUAAAUAUGUUUUUUAAAGGGUAUCUUUUAGCUAUUGCAUUUUGUAUUAAAAUAAUCAUAUAAUCUUGAUUUAACACUUUGUGUCCUUUUGAAGCCAAACUGGCAUUCCAAUGUUCACAGAGGGGAUAUCCUUGUUAGUGUGAUGGCAUCGGCCUGCUCUCUAAGUAACCAUUGUGUUGAGGAGACCAUCAUGACUCACUGAAGGCUGAGCCAGCUUCCUGUUAUUGUAAAGGAGAGAGGGUAGAGGGGAGACCCUAGAGUGACAAUAACGCUCAGACCAGGCAAUCCUGUGUUUAUGCAGCCCAUGUAAAAAUAAUAAGAAAUAAAUACCCUGAUAUGGCAAGAAGGGUAC